AUGUCAGGCCAUAAUGCGGCCGCGCCAGGCUUUGGCCAGACGCACGAUCCGUUCGCCGAUCUUUCCAAGUACGACGAGGAAUUGGAAGCACUGAACUUCGAGGACGGCUAUGAUGGACUGGGAGACCAGCUUGACGAGACAGAUGAUGCCUUCAACGACGACACCUUUGGCGAAGGAGGAGGAGGUGGUGGCGGCGGCGGCGGCGGCGGCGGCGGCGGUGGUGGUAUCGGUGACGCUUUCUCAUCAGGACCAGUUGGAAAAGAUUUCGACUUCUUUGGUGCCACCUCCAAGGUUACGAAUGCUAUGGAAGAGGAGCAUGCUCGAUUCAGUCGCCAGCAGCCCACCUCCAGAGUUGCCCCUCAGCCCAACUUUGGACCUGCGAUGAGCGGUUAUCAGGGUGCUGGAUCCCAGGGUGGCUAUCAAGGUGGUUACCAGGGCUACCAGCCAUACCCAUCGCAACCUGUUGCAUCGAGACCUGCCCGAAGUGGUUAUGAAAAGUACCAAGAGCCGGAACCCGAACUUCAAGUCGAUGCUUCUAUCUGGGGAACUGCACCCAAGAGGGCUACACCUGCAGCUCAGCCUGUCCUACCGGUUGCCGCUAGCCGCAAGAUGAUGAGCUUGGAAGAGGUCGAAGCAGCCAUGCGCGCUAGUUCUUCUUCUCAGCCCGUCGCCGCUCACCCUUCGGCCGAUCUACGUUACGCUCAACCCGAACUUCAGCAACAGAGUUUCCACUCGCCUGAAGUUCGUCAGCCGGUGCAGCCACAGGUUGGUGCUACUCACGGUCACCCCAUCAAGAUCCUCCAACGUGAACGCCCUUCUUCCCAGCACAACGUCCCGAACGUUCCGAGCCCAUUGUCACAGCAUCACCAACCGCAAGCCCAAGUCCAGCCACCUGUGAAUGCUACGCCCCAGAUCCUACAGAAUCCCAACCGGGGCCAACCUGCACACCGUUCCGGAAACUCGUUCUCGCGUGGCCAUGGCCCGGCUGCACCUGCUGCGCCUGCUGGUCAGCUGGGGAAUCUGUCAGAUUCGGAGAAGGCAGCGUUCUUGGAAGCUGAGGCUCGACGCGCCAAGCGCAACCACAAGAUCCAUAUGUUGUCUCGCGACAACGGUCUGAUGACGCCUCAUGAUAAGAGCUUCAUUACUCGAAUCCAGCUUCAGCAACUCGUAUCUGCCAUUGGCGACCCUGCCGAUGCCGGUACUGAUGCCGCUCUGGGUGAGGACUUUUACUACCAAGUUCACAGCUCUCUAAAGGCUGCCACUAGACCCAACCCUGACCAACCCCUCAACAAUUUUGCCCAAACCUAUCUUUUCCAGACCGGCAACCGACACGGUGGUAUGAGACGACAUGGCCGCGGUCCAGAGAAUCAUGUUCAGCGCAUGGAGCAGCAGGUUCAGCGUGCUGUGGAAGCCGCCAAGAACAAGCCCAAGAACAAGCAGCUAGUCAUUGAGGGUAGUCUGGGCAAGAUCUCCUUCAGCAACGCCAAGACCCCGAAGCCUCUGCUGAACAUCAAGCGUACUGAGAGCAGCGGCGAUACCAGACCUGCAAGCGCUCGUGUUAGUGUCAACGAUCGCAAGGUGGCCCUGCGUGCCAUCGAGGAUGUCUACAGCAUCUUGAUGAAUAUGGAGGACCACGAGCGCACAAUGCCGCCCCCUUCGCCCAACCCCAGCCCGGAGCUCGUCCAGCAGCAAGCGGAGUGGCAAGGUAUUGCAGAAAAGCUCAACAACCGGCUUUGGGAUGCUCUCAAGGUCCACGAGCAGAUCGACCCCCGACAAGUCCACCCAUUCAUUACCUUCCUAUCGUAUCCCAAGGGCAAGAAGGCUAUUCCUCGUGCUUUCCGCCAACUCAGCCAUGAGCAGCGAACAACAAUUCUUACAUUGAUCAUUGUCCACCUCGAUCAAUUGGACGUUGUCCAAGGCGCACAAGUCCAAUCUGGAGAGCCAAUCAAUCUGCCCGCCAGCGUUCGCGAGAGUAUCGAAAUCUUCUUGAUGGCUGUCAUGCCUAAUCUCUUCAAUCUACUUGCCGACGCUGCUCUGGAGAUCGUCACUGCCGUUCUCGGUAUCAUUAUCCAACGACUCAACAUUGACACCAUUGCUCGCACCCGCAUUGGUGUCUCUAUCCUGACCAUGAUUCUGAGUCGUGCUGAGAUUAUCAAACAGAGUGGCCUCGCUAAUGAGCAAAUGUGGCAACAAUGGGUCGGCACCUUUAAUGGCUUCUUCAACCUCCUUGAGCCGACUCUACCCAACAUUUUCCCGGGCACCGUCACAUCGGGAGAGGACAUCUACGUCUGGCAGUUCUUGGCCGCCAUCGGUAUCGGCGCCAGCCCUGAAGAGCAGCAACGACUUGUCCUUGCUGUCAAGGAUCGUGUUAUGGAUACUGUUGCUAUAUCCAAGACCCUGCCAGCUGAUAUGGCCAAGCAGCGCCUGGACAAUGUGAACUUGUUCAUGCGCUCCAUCGGCUUGGAUGUUGAGCUUUUGCAAUAA